AUGCCCCCUUCCUCCGUUGCUUCCAUCCCCACGGAGAAGGACAAGGAUGCUCAGAAAGACCGGGAUAGCCCUUCUGCAUCCUCCAUUUUCCUUCCCCUCGGAAGAAGAACUCGUCGAGAUUCCAAGUCAUCCCUGUCCCACGAUCUCGACCAAGAUGCCCUCAACCACGCGCUCAAUACCAUCCAUACCGCGGCAUCCCAGUCAAACCACUUGACGGUCUUUAAUGACUACGCCGAUCCCCCGACGGCCUCCUCUCAAGCGGAGAACAAGUCUUUGGCGAGCGAAAUACAAGGAGGCAUAUCAGGCUUGUACAACAAAUUGAAGGCUACCGUCGGUGGUUCCAAGGAGGGUGAAGAACAUCAUCAAGAUGCGUCCUCUAACCCCUCGGUGGGGGAUGAUCGAACCAGCUCCAAGAUCAGCUCCGGUAUCACGUCCAAGGCACCUUCGCCCCGACUGACAGCCUCAGACACGACGCUUUCAAUCGAUCUGGCCCCAUCGAAAGUCUCUUCGAAGGCCACAAGCAUUUCGAAGCCCUCGAUACCCUCUACGCCCGCUCUCCGCUCACCUACCGGUCCUCCCCAGCCUUCUUCCCACCUUGCUGACCCUUCGGUGACUUCAGUUAAUAUCCAUGCUGUCGGCUCGGCGAAUCAUUCGAGGGCUGGGUCUGCGUUCGAACUCGAUUCUCCUCACGAGCGGAGUCUAACAGCUUCUGCAGAUAGCGAAAGUCUGCGCAAAGCUCUUUCCAAGCAAGGGACCGAGACGUCCUUCACCGAGAGGGGGAACAAGCUGAUCACAUCGCCUCUUCUGAGUGCCAGGGGAGUGGCUGUAUCCCACGAUCGAGGACUGUCAACUGCCUCCAAUCAAAGUCACUAUAGUCAUGUUGAUGGUGUGGCCAGCCCGCCAUUGUUGACGUCGCCUCAGGCGGAGCGAUCGGCUGCCCGAAUAGUGAUGGCGAAUAGACAAGACAACCCUUCACAGUUGAGGCACACCAACCCUCUAGACCUCUUGGCUGAAAAUGCAGUCAACUCCACCAAAGCCUCAGCCUCCUCUCAAGGCAAGCCUAGUGAAGUUUCUGGCUUGAAGUCACCCCUGCUAUCGACGUUGGACCAAAGACCGUCAGAGAAACUGGCCCCAAAAAUAAGCCAGUCAAGAUUGCCAGGCUUCUAUGCCUCGCGAACAACUUCAUCAGACUCAUCAGUCACAGCUGGCAUGUUGCGUGCAAAUCUGGAUCCCCGUGACGAUGACUCGCGCAGUAUCGUCAUACACCGCACCUCUCAAGCGAGACCGAUCAGCAAGCUGCGUAGCAAGUUGUUGAGUAAAGAGUUCUGGAUGCGAGAUGAGAAUGCAAAAGACUGCUUUCAUUGUGGCGAGCAGUUCACUACAUUCCGCCGGAAGCACCAUUGUCGCACGUGCGGCCAGAUCUUUGACAACAAGUGCACGGUUCUCAUCAAUGGGAGUCACUUUGGGUCCAAUAGUGCCGUUCGUGUCUGCAAACCGUGCGAGUCCAUCAUCACUUCCCACGACGACGACUCGUCUGAUUAUUCGGCUGAAGAUCUGGCUUUGACGGAACCGGCCCCUCGUCCACGGACCCCUGAACCCUCUCAUUUUGCCCGCGUCCUGCCCCGGUUUGAGGAUGACAAUGCUUCAGUCACUUCGCAGUCUCUCGAGCAAAUGGCCAGGACGCCCACAAUGAGCUUUCCAGUACGACGAGCUUUCGAUGGGGCCAACCGCAAUUCCGCUGUGCUGGAGUUCGAUACAACCGAUCGACCCCUCCCUCGACCAAGCUCCUCUAGGUCCUUGAAAGCAACUCAUUCUAUUGGGCAUAGCCACAAGAGGCAUCACUCCAGACAUCAGCACAUACGCAAUUUCAAGGCUUACCAUGAAGAUAGAGCACCUUUCCAACGUCGUGCUGCCGACGACGGAAUCAAAGUUGGCAAGUCUUCAGCGUUUCAUCGCGACAGCAUCAUUGACCCUGAUCUCGCACAAUAUCUCUCGGAUGACCCCUCGAGUGAGGAAGACCAGUCCAUCAGUGAAACCUUGAGUCAAGAUAAAUUGUCCCGUAGCGAACCUGAUAGCGACAAAAGCGCGAUAGGGGGUCUUUUGGCAGCCGUGCGCAAGGGUCGUUCUCGCCUAGGGGAUCGGAGUAUCGCUGGAUUUCUCAACAUAGGAAAAGAAGCCGACGAAGCCAGUGUCAUCAGUUCGCGCAAUAUAGAAGCACUUCGGGGUUCUCGGAAGCGGAACCUCAGUGUUUCGAGUAGUAUCCAUCGCGGAACACCAAGAACAACGAGAGAGCGACUGCAGAUUAUUAUCCCCGGAAACCAAGACGAUCUGCAAGACGGUCUCGGAGACUCAGCAAGUAUCUACCGGGGCCGAUCAAGGAUGAUACGAAGUGCAUCUAUGCAUGGGAUGGCUGCACCAGCCAUGGAGCUCAAUCGUGCGAGUAUCCAACAUGUGCAUAAAAUGCUUCAGCAGCUUCUCAGGGACGCGAAUAUACCGAAAGUCCAGAGUUGGCAGGAUGCCCUCAUUCCUAUCUUGCUCAAAGCGACUGAUGAUGUCGACCCAGAUGUCCAGGGUGGAGACGACAUAGACAUUCGUAACUAUGUCAAGUUGAAGAAGAUUCCUGGGGGCAAACCUGGUGACACUGCAUACAUCUCCGGCUUGAUCUUCACAAAGAACGUGGCUUUGAAGUCCAUGGCUCGAUCCCACACGAACCCCAAGAUCUUGAUCAUCACUUUUGCGCUUGAAUAUGCCAGACACGAACAACAUUUCAUGAGUCUGGAUCCGGUCAUCAGACAAGAAAAGGAGUAUCUGGCCAAUCUUGUUGGUCGUAUUGCCGCCCUGAAGCCAGACGUUCUGUUGGCUCAGCGCAACAUCUCUGGCCUCGCUCUUGAGCUCCUUGAAAAGGCAAAUAUCACCACCAUUUUCAAUGUGAAGUCAUCGGUUCUUGAAGCUGUCUCGCGGUGCACUCAAGCUCGUGUCGUACAUUCCAUGGACAAAUUGACGUCCUUGUCAGAUCCAUUUGGUCGAUGCGAUUCUUUUGAGGUGAAGACUUUCGUGGCUGACGGGCGAAGGAAAACAGGCGCUGACCGACCGACCUUGUCCAAGAUCAAACGCGUCACUGAAUUCAUGGUCUACGUGGUCUAUAAUCUGAAAUUAGAGACCUGCCUGAUGAGGGAUGAAUUUGCAUUGAUACCGAGCGCGCCGACUGCCAAUACAUCGGAAACUACGGUCAAUACCCUCCCGAAGUCUGCAGCAGCUGAGGAUACUGCAACUUCGCAAGAUGCUAAUGGGAACACGGAAAAAGCUGACAGUAAUGUCGCUGCGGCCGGGGAUGUCUCGAAUGCAGAAGUCAUGACUUUGGAAAAGGAAGUCCGUUUUGCUCAAGCUGUCAGGACGGACAGCACCGAUUCUGCGCACAUACCAGAUGACAUUCCUGUGCCUACGUUUUAUGAAGACCUGGUCCUCAAGCACGAAACCCGUAUCCUUUCGGCCUCGCCAUUUGUCAAAUUCAUGCAGCCAUAUCUUCUUAUGCGUGCAAGAGAGUUGGAAAGACGUGUGGCGUAUCUUAAGCGGCUCCGAGACCAGGAUCUCUCGGCUGAACAGACGAUGGAAGACAAGGGAAAGACGUCCAAGUUCACUUUGAUUCACCCGGAAAUGGUGCACAGGCCUCUGGCUGGGGCCAGCAAGAAAGUUCGCGAGAUCAUUCAUGCAGUACACGACGCUGAGUAUGACAAGGCUGUCUACAAUUAUGAAAGUCAGAAAAAACAGUGGGAGACCUAUCUCUCGGGGAACCGCAAUCUUUUUGACCCCUUUGCGCACCAGAACAUUGUCGUUUUAUUCAGUCUCGUUUCCACCGAGACAUCUGUUCCUUGCUCUGGCCCGGAUCUUCUCGCCUUUAGUUUCUACAACGAACAUGAGACCGAAGCCGAGUUCGAGGCGGAUUGUACUCUGGGGCAAUACGUUGAGGAUCUAUGUUACAGGGCAAACGACAUCUGCCCAUCCGACGCCUGUGAAAAGAAAAUGCAUGAGCAUCAUCGGCAGUAUGUCCAUGGCGAAGCACAGAUCACAGUCUUUGUACAGCCAUAUCCUUCCAAGAUGCGCGGCUUUCAGGAUGUGAUUUUGAUGUGGAGUCAGUGCAAGAUCUGCGGUGUCGAGACCACUGUUACUCCCAUGUCUACCAGCACUUGGAAAUAUUCGUUUGGAAAAUAUCUUGAACUGUCGUUCUGGAGUGCCGAUCUCCAUGCUCGGGCCGGCAUCUGUCCACAUGACUUGCACAGAGACCAUUUCCGAUUCUUUGGGUACAAGGAUUUUGCUCUUCGGGUUCAUUACGAUCCAAUCGACCUGCUCGAGAUUAUUGUGCCUAGAAUGAGGCUCACUUGGAAAAUCGACAACGACUUGAAGUUCCGUAAUGAUUUCUAUACACGCUUGGAACAUCGCAUCACGAAGUUUAUGGUGUCUGUCAAACUUCGUUUAAAGAAUAUUAAUGCCGAGGCGGUCUUGCCUGAAACUGCCGAAGCAUGUCGCGCAGAGAUUGAACGACUGACAAAGAAAGCCAAUGAGGAACACGCAGGCCUCAUCAAACAGCUUCAGGAACGAUAUACCAACACGAGAUACUGGGAAACGAUCCCACUUAACGCUGUUCUGCGGGCCACGCAAGAAAAAGUGUCCGAAUGGGAUGAUGCCUUUGCAGACUUUGAGAGAAAUUUCUUCCCUUCCGAAACAGAUAUUCACCGACUGGCAACUCUCCAACUUAAGAAGAUCUUCCUUGACCGCGAUGUCUCCGUCGCAUCCUUGAAGUCAGAUGAUGAAGGGGCGACCACGCCUUCAACCGAAGAAGUGACUGAUGAGAAAGGGGGAGCUGGAGAGACGCUCACCGAGGGCCGACGGCCCAGCAAACUUUCGCCAGAGAAAACACAGAGCUUCCUUCAAAGCGUACUUGAGGAGCAUGCCACUACUCCGGCAGACGAGAUUGGGGUUUCCGAAGUGCCUGAGAUUACCAAAUCCGACGUACAGAGUCUGCCUUCCAUUUUAGACGGUCCUCGCAAUGUUGAAGAUGUUAAGCACCUCGAUCUGGCGAUAGUGUCGCCAGCCCAGCAAGCGAUCCUUGGGGCAGAAGAUGGUGCCACACAGAAUUCGUUGGUCGCUCCCGCUGAACAUAUGGGCAUCGAUGAAUCACGUGAAAAUGUGGCAAGCGGCAUCUCGAAUACAGGAGAAACAUCCAUAGAAACGCCAGAGAUUAUUGUCACCGGUCAACAGACUCAGCCAAUAGAUUUACCUCAGCCCGGAAUACAGAAUGCCUCUCCAACGAUGGUGUUGCGAAGGCGGAUCGAUGGGAAGUCCUCGCCAGGACUUGCUCGAGCCCACUCGCAACCUGCUGGCUCCGUUGCACUUCGCGCGGCCACUGUCCAGACGGCUUCAAGUACUUUGUCGGCCGUCAACGCGAUCAAUGGAUUUCCGAAACAAAGCCCGGCAUUGUCCGCACAGAGCAGUGAUGUUGAUGUGAUCAUUCCCGAUAAAAAGCUCUCUGAACGACUGGGCUUUUCACAUCUGAAGAACAAGACAUUUUCGAAAGGCCAGUCGCUCAUUCCGCGAGCGGUUACGAACCGUAAAGAGUCCAGAGUCUCCAACCUUGCGAAACACUUCGAGCAACUCAGCCGCGAGUUUGAGAGAGAGCGGAUCCGGGAGAGACGACUUCGCGCUGCAAGAAAUAUGCAGUCUAGAGUGUACCCCUUGGCAGCGUCAAAACCCAUUGUCGAGGUAUUCAAGGAUGUCGACGUGGCUGUGGACGAACGAGGAGAUUCCGACGAUAUUUUUGGCAAGGAUGAUGAACCUCCUGUGGAGGGGACGGACAAGGCCUCGGGCACAGCCGAGGCCAUGGCAAAGGUUGGCUCGCCUCAGGAAGGCGACACUGGACUUCAUGUCGAAGAGCCGGCCGGCGACACGGCAGAGAACGAGACUGACGUUCAGCCAUCAAGUCAUGCUCCUUCAGAAGCCGAGGAACCGAGCGACAUUGAUGAAGCAGAGGACGAGAUCUUCUUACCAGACUCGCCCGAGGAUCUAAUGCGGAUGUCCCAAGAUGAUAUCGAUCUCAAGGAGCUUCCCAAACAUGAGAGAACCUCGCUGAUGAAGAUGCUGACCAACUUCUGGGCUGAGCGGUCAUCGAGCGGUUGGACCACCCUCGAAUAUCCCUUGGGAACAUCAGAGCACAUUUUCGCUGAUUGCGACAUUAUUGUGCGCGAAGAUGAGCCCAGCUCCAUCAUCGCUUUUGCCUUGGACUCGCAUGACUACACGACGAUGCUCCAGAACAUGCAGAAUCGCGCCCCAAGCGAGGAGAUGGCCCAUGAUUUUAGUGGUCAUGACCAUGGUGAUGAUAUGCAGUCCGAAGUCAUGCAUUCGCUCCUGCGCAAAACAGGAACUCAUCUCAAAUACCAAUUCCAGGAGGGUCCCGCCAAGAUGCUCUGUAAGAUCUUCUUUGCGGAGCAGUUCGAUGCAGUGCGCCGGAAAUGCGGUGUUGCUGACCGAUUUGUCGAAUCGCUCUCGAGAUGCCUGAAAUGGGAUUCCAAGGGUGGCAAGACGAGGUCGCUCUUUUUGAAAACCCUCGAUGACCGAUUCAUCUUGAAGUCACUGUCCCCUAUCGAGACACAGUCGUUCCUCAAGUUUGCACCUAACUAUUUCCAGAUUAUGUCAGAGGCCUUCUUCCACGAGUUGCCCUCUGUCAUUGCAAAGAUGUUUGGCUUCUACCAGAUCAUUGUCAAAAAUUCCGCCACCGGGCUUGAAUACAAUUGGUUCUUACUGGUGAUGGAGAACUUGUUCUACGACCGCGUCCCUACACGUAUUUUCGACUUGAAGGGAAGUAUGCGGAACCGGAAGAUGAACGCCACGGGCGAGAAGGGCGAAGUUUUGCUAGACGAGAAUAUGGUUGAAUUCAUAUAUGAGUCACCCCUCUUUGCUCGAGAACAUAGCAAGAAACUGUUGAGGUCGUCGGUGCACAACGACACCUUAUUCUUGGCACGCCAAAACGUCAUGGACUAUUCGCUCAUGGUCGCCAUUGACGAGAAUCGGAAAGAGCUUGUGGUGGGUAUCAUCGACUGCAUCCGCACGUAUACAUGGGACAAGAAACUUGAAAGUUGGAUCAAGGAUCGUGGCCUUGUCCCGGUACGGGGUGGGAACAAGAACAGGCCGACAGUGACGUCUCCCCGGGAAUAUAAGAGGAGAUUUCGAGAGGCAAUGAAUCGGUACGUCCUUGAGGCACCCGAUUGUUGGCAUCAGUUCAAGCCGGUGAGGAUGGAGCGGAGGCUGUUGGAAGGGAGAGGUGAAAAGGAUAUUGGUGGACCGGACGGAAGGGAUCAGGACGGGGAGAAAGAGAACGAGGUCCAGCUAUUCUCUUAG